CCAAUGGGCGUUUAGGACGUAGACGGAGAGCUUAUAAAUGACAAGGUGACAGUCUGUUCCAUCCUACAUUCAUUGACUGCCGCUGUGUGCGAGAGCAGCUAACUGCGGACCCUCCGAAAACCGUAACUUACCGGUUCCAGCCAUGUAUGCCUGCGCAAAGUUUGUCACUUCUCCCGCUGUGCUCCGUGGGGGGUCCAGAGUCCUCGCCCGGCCGGUCUCCGUCUCCCUCUUCAACAGACCUGAAGCCACAGUGGAGCAGCAGGCCCUGUUGCCAGUCAGCCAGUCUGCAGUCCUGACCCGCUCCUUCCAGACCAGCGCCGUCUCCCGGGACAUCGACACUGCCGCCAAGUUCAUCGGUGCUGGUGCUGCCACGGUGGGCGUGGCCGGCUCAGGAGCUGGAAUCGGAACAGUGUUCGGCAGCCUCAUCAUCGGCUAUGCCAGGAACCCCUCCCUGAAGCAGCAGCUCUUCUCCUACGCCAUCCUGGGCUUCGCUCUGUCUGAGGCUAUGGGUCUCUUCUGUCUGAUGGUGGCGUUCCUCAUCCUGUUCGCCAUGUAAACCUGGAAACACACCACACCUCUCCCCUCCACUUACUGCCCCGCUACUCCCCUCUGCUCCCUUCUCUCUCCCUCCCUUCCCUUCCACCCGGAGGGGGGGUUUCCAGAACGGGAACUCUGAACGAGCUGAUAGGCCAUUCCAAUCAAUGGAGAAAAUAUUAAAAGGAAAAAUAUUUACAUCUGAGGUUAGCAGAUCUCCAAUCCUUCAUUUUUAUGUUCCUACACUUAUGUUUGUUUUUUGGAAGUUUUAUGUAAGACCUCACUUCGGUUGAAAUCUGUCCAGAAUAAAUGGUUGGGAUAACUAAGAA